UCGUCCUCUUCUUCUCCUCCUUCUCCUCCUCUUCCUCCUUCCUUCUUCUUCAUUUGCGUCCGGACAAACGAAUGGGCAUGUGGCUGUUGGCGCACGAGACACCGCUGCCGUGAGUCUCUAAGCCGGGCUCGCUUUUGGGGCUGAGCUUGGCUGCUGCUGCUGCUUUUAACCAGGGUCUACGACUGAAGCAUGAAAUACAAGAAAUUCUUACCUGUCAUUCAGCUGGCCCUGGGGGUGACUCCGGCCAACCGGGAGUCGAUGCUCCCAAACCAUGGGCAUCCAAACACGUGGAUAACUCUGAUGGAGGAGGGAGCUCUGCCUGCCGGAAGCCACUGCCGAGGACGCCGAGGACGCCACUCAAGCCACGAAGACGACGAGGAGGAAGCUCUGUACGCCACGCUGCUCAGCAGGCGCAGCAGGAGCCUGGACUGCGCCAGCUACCCCAGGCUGAUGGCUGGCACCAUGGAGGAGACGAUAUGGGAGCAGCACACAGUAACCCUUAAUAAGGCGCCUGGCUUUGGAUUCGGGAUCGCCAUUUCCGGUGGCAAGGACAACCCGCACUUCCAGAGUGGAGAGACGUCCAUUGUCAUCUCCGAUGUGCUCAAGGGUGGUCCUGCGGAGGGGAUGCUCCAUGAGAAUGACCGGGUGGUGACGGUGAAUGGCAAGCACAUGGAAAAUGUGGAGCACGCCUUCGCUGUCCAGCAGCUGCGCAACAGUGGCAAGACUGCCAAAAUCACCAUCAAGCGGAAGCGGCGAGCUCAACCGCCGUCGUCGCGGCAGCCGCUGCAUGAGCCCGAAGCCGCCGACGAGAUCUUCGAGGCGGCCAAGGAGGACGAGGGGGAGGAGGAGGAAGAGGAGGAGGACGACUUCGACCGGCGGAGCGCGCGCAGCUCGCGCUCCGAGCGCAGCGGCCGCAGCGCGGCUCGCCGCGGAGACCGAGUCUCGGCGGCCGGCGGAGCCAGGGAGCGAGGGCACGGCCACGCGGGCGAGAGGGCCCAAAGCCUUGGCAGGCGCGAGCGUGAGGCCAGCCUGGGCCGCGUCGACAGGGACUAUGGCGUCGGCAGGAGCGAGCAGGACCUGACAUCAGGACGGAGCGACAGGGAGCGCAGCGCGGCCAGGACGGACCGGGAGCGGAGCGUCGGCCGGACGGACCGGGAGCAGGGAGUUGUCGGCAGGACCGAGAGAGACCCAGUUUUGGGCCGGACCGACAGAGAUCACGUCCUUGCUGGGACUGAGCGAGAUCGGAGUUUAGGGAGGGUCGAACGGGACCGUGGCCUCGGCCAGAACGAAAGAGAACGCAGUUUAGGGAGGAGCGAGGAAGAUCGAAAUGUCAUGAGGAGUGAGAGGAGCAGAGGCAGGAGCAUGUCUCCAGGGUCCUCUGACCGCAGGUCUGUUGGAUCCUACUACCAGCCUAAGCUUGUGAAAGUCACGCUUGUGAAAAGCAAGAAAUCUGAAGAGUACGGACUGCGCCUCGGCAGUCAGAUAUUCGUGAAGGAUGUGUCGGCCGAGGGGCUGGCAGCGCGGGAUGGGAACAUUCACGACGGGGACAUUGUGCUCAAGAUCAACGGCACAGUGACGGAGAACAUGUCUUUGGCCGAUGCCCGAAAGCUUAUCGAGAGGUCAAAGGGCAAGUUGAGGAUGGUGCUGCAGAGAGACGACCAGGGGACUCUCAUCACCAUUCCCGAUUUGGAAGACUCCAUCCCCUCCUCCAACCUCUCCGACAGGGAUGACAUCUCUGAGAUCCAGUCUCUGGUUUCGGAGCCGUCGGACGAAGCUCAGUCUCGUCAGAGCAGUCGCUCCCGCUCACGAGAGGACAUCAGGUCUCCCGAGAGUGAAACGCCAAGCAGAUCCACUGGCCAACCUUCCACCAGCUCGAAGAGUGGCAGCGACCCCUCCAGCAAGACGCUGUCCGGUGGCGCCGUUCCCACCCCCUUCAAGAAGCUGGAGGACGGCCCCUUCAAGGGCACGGCCGUCGCGCCCCAAGUCGUGACCGGCCCCGAGCAGCCCGAUGGAGGGGGCGGCAGCAGCACAAGCACAGCGCCACCCGCUGAGCCUCGGCCCACAUUCAGUCGAGGUGGGCAGCCCGAUGUUGACCUCCCGGUGAGCCCCACACCCGCUCUGCCCAACAGUACUCUUCAGUAUCAGGGCAUGGAGAUGAAGCUAGUGAAGUUUAGGAAGGGCGAGAGCGUUGGCCUGCGGCUGGCUGGUGGAAAUGACGUGGGCAUCUUUGUGGCGGGCGUGCAAGAGGGCAGUCCCGCAUCAACCCAAGGGCUGGAGGAAGGGGACCAGCUACUCAAGGUAAACAAUGUGGAUUUUCAGAACAUAAUUCGAGAGGAAGCUGUGCUCUUUCUCCUUGAGCUGCCCAAGGGGGAGGAAGUCAGCAUCUUGGCUCAGCGCAAGAAGGACGUCUAUCGGCGGGUGGUGGAGUCGGACGUGGGGGAUUCCUUCUACAUCCGCACACACUUUGGCUACGAGAAGGAGACACCCUAUGGCUUGAGCUUCACGCGGGGCGAGGUGUUCCGGGUCGUGGACACCCUCUACAACGGCAAGCUGGGCUCGUGGCUCGCCAUUCGCAUCGGCCGCAACCACCAGGAGGUGGAGCGUGGCAUCAUCCCCAACAAGAACAGGGCCGAGCAGCUGGCAAACCUGCAGUCGUUUGCCAAGGUGGCCGGGGGCGACCGCGCCGACUUCUGGCGCUUCCGCGGCCUGCGCUCCGUCAAGCGCAACGUGCGCAAGAGCCGCGAGGAUUUGGCCACGCAGCCCGUGCAGACCAAGUUCCCUGCUUACGAGCGGGUGGUGCUCAGGGAAGCUGGGUUCCUGCGGCCCGUGGUGAUUUUCGGACCCAUCGCGGACGUGGCACGGGAGCGGCUCGCUCGCGAGCUGCCCGACCAGUUUGAGAUUGCGAAGAGCGAGCCUCGCGAUGCUGGGGUAGACCACAAGAGGCAUGGGAUGAUUCGUCUCUACACCAUCAAGCAGAUUAUAGACCGGGACAAGCACGCGCUGUUGGACGUGACCCCUAACGCCGUGGACCGACUCAACUACGCGCAGUGGUACCCCAUCGUGCUCUUCUUGGGCCCUGACAGCAAGGCGGGCGUCAAGGCCAUGCGGCAGCGCCUGUGCCCCGAGUCCAACAAGAGCGCGCGCAAACUGUACGAGCGCUCCAUCAAGCUGCGCAAGAGCAACUCGCAUCUCUUCACGGCAACAAUUCAGCUGAACUACAUGAACGACGGCUGGUACGGCAGCCUGAAGGACACCAUCCGGCAGCAGCAGAACCAACUGGUGUGGGUCUCCGAGGGCAAGGCGGAUGGCUCGGCAGACGAUGACCUAGACAUGCAGGACGACCGGCUCUCGUACCUGUCCGCGCCGGGGAGUGAGUACUCCCUGUUCAGCGCCGACAGUCGCCACGCCUCAGACUACGACGACACGGACACAGAGGGCGGCACCUACACCGACCAGGAGGCGGACGAGGCACAGCACGUGAGCGCAGGGCGGCAGCAGCACCUGCAGCAGCAGCAGCAGCCCGAUGCUGCUAUGGUGCGAUGCUCUGAGCCAGCCAACCCUGUUCUAAGACUGCCCGAGCAACAGGCAGUGGUGGCUCAGCCCGGAAUGAGGGUUGUGAAGCCGGCCACGGCACGCUCAGCUGAACCCACCACCCAUGAUGACGAAGCAGCCAUUCAUCUGCAGCACCAUCAACCACAGCAGCAGCAGCAGCAACAGCCGGGAUACGUGAGGCCACAGUUGCUGCCAACACAGCCGGGCGGCCACUAUGAGAGUGUCAAGUUCAUCCCAGCCUCUGUACUGGACCCUGAAUAUGUUCCGCCACCGGCUGCCACUUCUGCGCAGUUGGCAGCGCUAGGUCACUUGCACAGGACUUCCUCGCAACCUAAACCCCCCCUCACUUUGCCGGGCUUACAGGUCCUGUCGGUUCGAAUGCCUAUCCCAGCGAGGCCCCCACCGUUGCCAGGAGUAGACGGAGCUCCUAGCAGCAGAAUGAGCAGGGCUUCAAGCUCAGAGUUACAGGAUCACAGUCCCCCACCUCCUUUCCACCCACACCCACCAAACCCUCAGGCAGCAGUGGCAGCAGCAGCACAUUGCACGCAGGCAGCGAUGAGCAGGGCCAGUAGUAGUGAAAUUCUGGGGGAUUCCAGCCCUCCUCCUGUCUACCACCCCGAGCCAGCCCCAGGCACCCAGCUUCGGAGUGAGGAGUCAUAUGGGAAAGAACCCACAUACCAGGAAGAUCACUCCCAGCCAAGUUUUGGUUUUCCAAAUGUGGACAACAAGCAGCAAUAUUAUUAUAAAGAUCACAACUACAAACCUCAACAACCGCGGUUUGACCAACCACCAGAACAUAUCUACACGAUACAGCCAUCCUACAGCUACAGCCAUCAAUUUCAAAAAGCUUAUAGCCAGCCAUCUAAAAGCCAUGAGAUGCAAACAAGGAGAAAGUCAUGGACUGCUGAUGCACAAAUAGCAAACUAUAAUCCGUCAUUUUCCAAUAACUCAGAAGGGCAUCAGCAGUCCCAUUCCUACAAAAGGCAGCAACCAGAGAACUACAAUGUCCAGCAGCCUCAGAAUUACGAGAAGCAGCACGUGAAUAACCACCACCAGUUCAACAGGACACCUGCUUACGAGACGCAGCACGCUCACAGGCAGACGGUGGAUUACAACUCCAACUACCACUACCAGAGCUACGACCUGCCGCCGAAUCGCCCGUACGGGCGGGACGCGCCCGGUGACUUCGAGGGCCACACGGCGCCCCCCCGAUACAGCUCCCCCAUCGGCGAGGAGGAGCCGCCGUACCCGCCGCGCUACGACGCGCACGGCUUCGACGGCAAGCGCGCCGCCCGGACUCCCGACUCGCAGAGCCCACGCGACGCGCCGGCGCGGGCCCACGGCAGCCGCAACGGGCCCACGUCGAGGGGCUACGGCGCGGGGGGAGCGGCGCCGGCCCCGUCGGCAGAAUCCCACGGGGGUCACGGCACGCUGCCCGCCGCAAGGCCUCCGCCGUCCGCUCACUACCAGAGGGCAAACGACGGCGAGGGCGGCGCGGACGGCCCCAAGAGCAAGCAGGCCAAGUCGGUGAUGAGCAGGAUAAAGAUGUUUGAAAACCUCGACAACAAGGCGAGGCAAGAGCGAUUACUCGAGCUCCAGGAGGCACAGCAAGCACGGGUGGAAAUCGCUCAGAACUUUCCAGAUAUCUAUGCAGUUCCUAACAAAGGAAAGCAACAAGAUGGGCAAGAGCAACCGCAGGCACACAGAACAGCGGAGACUCAGAGGGUAUCCGGGACAAGGGGCGAGGGGUUCGUUCCCCUGCCCCGACCGGCCCACAUGGACGGGGAGGAUGUGGACUCGGCACGGAGGUCCCUGCAGCAAUGCAAGCUCCCCCACCCAGUCAGCCCCACUGGACAGACGUCCCCCACUGCUCCCACUACCCCAUCACUCCCUGACACACCCAAACCCACCCACAACAGCAAGCCCACCUAUAGCAGAUUUUCUAGUCAGUCAAGUAGCUAUUACAGUGGCAGCGGAGGCGAUGUGAGAGUAUCGUACUGGAGCAAAUCCGUGGACCUGCCUGGUGAGGACGUGGGGCCAAAAGCAACGGAGAAAAGGACAGACGUCCCAUUCUGUGGCUCGGUUCAAAACACAGGGAUGCGUGCAGCGGGAAGCCAGCCCACACUCUUCGUGGUACCUGCUCAGGCAAAGCAGGGGCAGUCUGGACAGCAUCAAGGGUCGCAACAGACGACCAAUCCUCCUUCCUACCAUUACACAGGAAUGUCUCCCAGGGAGCAGCAAGCCCCCACAUCCAGGCAGGAGGAAGCCCCCCAGAGCAGUCACCAGGGCCCGUACCGCCAAACCUCCAGGGAGGACACGCUGCAGUCAAGAUACGGCUCGCACAGGACCUACGCUUUUCCCCAGGCCGCUUUGCCCAACAGCGGCAACGUCCCCUACCAGCCGCCAGCCUCGGCUCACGCAAAACCGUCGCAAAGCAACGACGGCCAUUACGCGCCCCCUGCGGCCGCGUAUGGCAAGGUGUUGGCGGCGAACGGCGGCGCCUGCGCCACCACGUACGCCGUGACGGCCGCGGCGCGCCACCCGGCCACCAGCAACAACAACAGCAGCAGCGGCGGCAGCAGCAGCAGCAACGGCGGCAGCAGCGGUAACCCCACGAGGGCGUUCGCGCCGCCGUUCGCCGCCCGCUUCCCCUCCGGGGGCGGCUACACGGGAGCGGCGAGGCCGUUCCAGCGCAGGUUCGACAGCCCCAAGUUCUCGCACAACUUGCUGCCCGAGGGGGCGGUGCGUGCGGGCGAUGGCGCGGCUGCGGCGGCGGUUGUCGGGGUUUCGCAAGCGCCGUCGCAGCACGAGUUCGACAGCGGCACGGACACGUUCCCGCGGCACGGCGACUACCGGCCAAAGAGCCACCUGGACGGCCUGAAUGCGACUCCUAAAGCCAUCCCUGUCAGCCCCAGUGCCUUAUCGGAGGAGGAAGGUCAUUCGGUGGUGGCAACAGCGAGAGGAGUCUUCGACAGCAAUGGUGGGGUGCUGAGCUCGGUGGAGACCGGAGUGAGUGUGGUUGUGCCACGCGGGGCCAUCCCUGAAGGCCUGGAGCAGGAGAUCUACUUCAAGGUGUGCCAGGACAACAGCAUCAUCCCUGCACUCGACAAAGAGAAAGGCGAGACUCUAUUGAGCCCGCUGGUGAUGUGUGGGCCUCAUGGACUACGCUUCCUCAAGCCUGUGGAGCUACGAUUGCCGCACUGCGCUGCCAUGAACCCUGAUGGCUGGUCCUUCGCACUCAAGUCCUCCGAGUCCAUCACAGGUGACCCGAGAAGAUGGCAUAACAUGGCCUUGCCAGGGGAUCCCAACUACAACAUUGGCGCCAACAGCGUCUCUGUGCUCAUUGACCACUUCUGAGGAAUUAAGGCCGUCCGAAACUACCGCCCCCCCGUUACGUUCAACACACUAACAUGGCACCAUCGUUGGUGGGGUCAUGGCCCUUUCAAAAAGGUUUUUGUACUGUGAAGAGAGAGACCCUUUUGACUCUUAGUAGGAAUAUUGCAUCAUCAACUUGAAUUGGGGUCCCUUUUUUCUAAACCACACGAUUUCUAACGUGCUGUAGAUUUUCUAACGAUGCAUCUUUAUAUUAUAUUGAGACUUCAAGUGCACCACGAGGUCAUACAAGCAACACCGUUGGGUCGUUUAUCCGCAUUUGUGCAUAUAUUAGUUUUUAGUUUUGAAAGUUUCCAGUAUAUUUCAAAAACACACACAGUAUUAUGUUUUGCUUCGUCCAGUCGACAUGUUACAUAUAUAAAUACCACAAGUAUUGUUUAUAUUUCAUCUUCUCUAAAUGGUAUUGAAUGCCUCAAUUGCUUACACUUCUUGUGCUGUCUGAAAUGGUACGUUUAAAUAGAGUUUGGUGGUACUUAGAGCUACGAUGUUAAAUGCUUGAAUUGGACACACUCAGGCACCGCAAAUCUUUACACUGUCUUUUUAUAUAGCAGUUAUAGCGAAUGCUUUCACUCGUCAUUUCCUACAGCUUUUCAUGGUCUCAAACAAGCCAGAACAGUAUGGCCACGCUGUACAUACUUUAAGAGAGAAAAAAAGAAAGUAUAUCAACUCUAGAUAUUUAUCCUUAAACCUUUAUUUUAGAAUCGGUCAUAACUGGAGAUGAUUGAGGCAAAAGUAGCACUCGUGCAACGUACAAUCAAUGUACAUAAACAAAACCCACUAUAACAGUGACAUUUUGACUCUUGAAGGAUAUUUUACAUUGGUUUUCUGUCAAUAUCAAUACAAAUGCCUUAUACAUUUUAUAACACGAAUGGGGUGUUAUGUUUUAUACUGCAAACAAGUGACCUGUGCAAGGUUGUUUUUUAUAUAAAGAAAAAUGACAAUUUUCUUUUUUCGAAUUACUUUCUUAAGUCUUUUUUUGACGGCUAUCGUUAAGUGAUGAUUCAGUGGCGCUUGAAUUGACACCAAGUCUAAAUCAUAGUUGAUUUGUCCAUUGUAGUGAAGGUAAGUGAAGCCAAGUUAUUUUGUAUGCAUUUGCACCAUCCACAUGUUACGUCAUCGUCAGUUAUAGUUUGUGAAAUACUGGUAAAAUGGAAAGUCGAUUCCUUGCUGUUUGAUACAAACUGUACAAUGCAUUCUAUUGUACUGGCCCCAUGGACUUCUUUCUCGUUAUGACAAAACUAAAUAAAAAAAUAUAUCUGCCUGCUUUUGAAGAAAAAAAAAUACAUAGCAAUAGUAGUUUAUCAUGGGAGAUCUUUUUACAGUUGCCCAUGAUGACAGAGCAAUAAGUAAUGAACAUGAAGCCACAUGUUGUGACUUAAAUGAAGUGAUUUAGACUCUGCAUGCUUUAUCUUUAAACGGAAUCCCAGAGCACUGUUUGUAAAGCUCAACAAUGCUAGAUUGAUGUUUUAACUAUUCUCAAUAUGCAACUCUGAGCAUAGGCCCCCAGUUAUGGCAGUCGAGGUUGACAGUAUUAGUUUCCUGUAGCUAUAGCAGCAUCCACAGACUUUAUCAGUAUUUCUUAAAGCAGUAUUUUAAGAUAUGUAAGCACGGGACAGCUUGUAAACAAUGUAAGCUGUUGCAGAUUGUUACACCUUUGUGUCAUUAUCAAAGAAUAAACAUAUUUGUGCACAAAUUGUAUUUGUGU